UGUCCUGUUAACUAACAUCAUUUCUCUGGCUCAAAUUCUCCCUCCUAAUUCCCAUGGAUGACAUUCAAUCUUCAUUUUCCAUCCUCUUUCAUCCAACAUUUGUUCAUUUUCUAAACCCAGAAAACAUAAAUACUCUUCAUUUAAUAUAUUCUUUCCCUUUUCCAUGAAAAAAAAUUCUUAAGAAAACUCAGAAAAGCAUAAUUUAUACUCUAAUUAUGAUCAACAUAUAGCAGUUCAAAAUGUGAUGGAAGGAUGAUUAGACUAGCAGUUCAUCAUCAACCCCAACUCUUGUUGCAACAAGAAAAUUGCCCACAAAUUACAGAUUCCAGUUGUAGGUGGAGAGAGAAAGAGAGUGUUUCUUUGCUGAAGAAAUGCAAAGCCAUGGAAGAAUUGAAACAAGUUCAUGGUCAUAUGUUGAGGUUGGGAUUGUUUAAUGACUCUUUUUGUAUUAGUAAUUUAGUAGCUACUUGUGCUCUUUCAACUUGGGGAAGUAUGGAUUAUGCAUCAUUAGUAUUUAGUACAAUUGAUGAUCCAAGUACAUUUGAUUUCAACAAUAUGAUUAGAGGGUAUGCUAAGGAUCAUGAUUUUGAAAAUGCAGUUGAAAUCUUUGUUGAAAUGCUUGAAAGAGGGAAUUCUCCUGAUAAUUUCACAUACCCUUUUGUUUUUAAGGCAUGUGCUGGUUUGGGUUUGAUGAGGUUAGGGAGGGAGAUUCAUGGGCAGGUGUUUAAACUUGGAUUCCAUGAUGAUUUGUUUGUGCAGAACAGUCAGAUUAACAUGUAUGGGAAGUGUGGGGAAAUUGGGAACUCGUGUGCUGUUUUCGAGGGAAUGGAGCAGAAAACUGUUGCUUCUUGGAGUGCUCUUGUUGCAGCUCAUGCUAAUUUGGGUAAAUGGUGGGAAUGUCUUGAGAUUUUUGGGGAUAUGAUGGGGGAGGGAAGUUUUAGGGCAGAAGAGAGCAUUUUAGUAAGUGUGAUUUCUGCUUGUACACAUUUGAGUGCCCUUGAUUUGGGAAGGUCAGUACAUGGAUACUUGAUGAGGAACUUCAGUGGCCUAAAUGUUAUAGUUGAGACUUCUUUGAUUGACAUGUACAUCAAAUGUGGGUGUAUAGAGAAGGGGCUUGCGCUAUUUGAUAAAAUGAGUGCAAAGAACCGAUGGUCUUACUGUGUGAUGAUUUCAGGCCUCGCGAUGCAUGGGAAAGGUCACGAGGCCCUUCUACUGUUCUCGGAAAUGCUUGAGCAAGGAAUUGAGCCAGAUGAUGUUGUGUAUCUAGGCUUGUUAAGUGCUUGUAGGCAUGCCGGCCUUGUAGAAGAGGGUCUUGAAUUAUUCAAGACUAUGAGACUUGAGUAUCGAAUACAACCAACAAUCCAGCAUUACGGUUGCAUCUUGGAUCUCCUAGGCCGAGCUGCCAUGUUUGAUGAAGCUUUCAAUCUGAUUGAGAAAAUGCCAAUGGAGCCCAAUGAUGUAGUGUGGCGAACUCUCCUAAGCGCUUCUAGAGUUCAUUGUAACCUAGAAGUAGGAGAAAGAGUAGCUAAAAAACUGGUGCAACUGGGCUCAAACAAUGCUGGAGAUUAUGUAAUGAUGUCAAAUAUGUAUGCUGGAGCUCAGAGAUGGAACGACGCAGCCAUGGCUCGAAGUAUGGUGGCAGAUAGGAGGUUGGAUCAAGCUGCUGGGUUGAGUCUAGUUGAGGUGAAAAGAAAGAUGUACAAGUUUGUAUCACAGGAUAAGGCGCGCUGCAAUUGGGAAGACAUCUAUGAGAUGCUCCACCAAAUGGAGUGGCAAUUGAAGUUUGAAGGGUAUGUACCAGAUACAUCAGAAGUUGUACAGAAUGUACAUGCAGAAGAGAAGCAGCAAAGGUUGAGAUAUCAUAGCCAAAAGUUGGCCCUUGCUUUUGCACUUUUACAUACACCUGAAGAUACAACGAUCAGAAUAGUAAGAAAUGUCAGGAUGUGUAGAGAUACUCACACGUACACAAAGUUCAUCUCUGUAAUCUUUAACCGGAAAAUUAUUGUUAGGGAUCGAAAUCGUUUCCACCAUUUUAAAGAUGGAACUUGCUCUUGUGGAGAUUACUGGUAAAUAAAUCAAUUUUUUUUUAUCAGUU